UUGGACCUGGUGAUGUGUUUGGAGAAGAAGCUGUCAUCCAUCACAACCUUCACGACCACCUUGUUCCGAGGAGAAGCAACGCGUAUGCCAUGGAAGACUGUUUGACGUAUCAGAUCGACAAUCGAGACCUGGAGAACUUGUUUCCCAAGUUUCCCUCCAUGAAGUCGAAGCUCUUUGCCCUGUCUGACAUGUACCGCAAAGAACAAGAAUGGACGAAAAGGCUUCCCUCGCGCCCGACCCCGUCACCUCCAAGAUCGAAGCCAAGGUCUACACCGCUGGGUUCAAAUCCAACAGAGUGAAGAUGCGCAACCAGCCCAUGAUGUUGCCUGAGGUCAAGUUGCGGAAACUCGACGAAGGGACUCUCGCCAAUCACCUUGAGCUGUCUUCUGUGAUACCUACACAAGAAGCAAGUCGCUUCCUCCCGGGUAGACGUUGGGGGAAGAUCUUUGAGGAAGAAGUAGAGUGCAAGACGGUGCAAGAGAAGAUAAGAUACAUCUCAACAAAUAUCGACAACAAGUUUGCAAGAGUGAUGAAGUUGAGAGAACAGGGGUUGCGGUAUCUCGAUGGACUGGGAAAGUAGAUUUUGUCCGGUCUGAAAAUGAGUCUUCACGAGUAUCAAUCAUGACAUGUCUAUGAUAAUUUCAAUACAUCCAUCUCAAUG